UGGCAUGAACAUCGAGUAUCCAAUCUCAAUCAGAUUCCAAAAAAUUUGAGGCCAUUUUGAUUUGAAUAUCAACAUAUAAACGAUUACUCCAAAAUCAAUCUCAUUAGAGAUAGCAAAAUGGAUCCAUUUAGAGGACAAGGUGGCAUUCAGAUGCUAUUAACAGCAGAACAAGAUGCCCAACAAGUCGUAUCCAGAGCUAGAAACAUGAAGAUGGCGAGACUGAAGCAAGCUAAAGAAGAAGCUGAAAGGGAAGUGGCGCAAUAUCGUGCUCACUUGGAGGCUGAGCAUCAGAAGAAGGUUUCUGAGUCAAGUUCUGGAUCACAUGCACAACAACUGGAAGAGGAAACCAAAGUUAAGAUCGAGAAUUUGAAGGAAUCAUCCGAAAGAGUUUCAAAGGAUGUUGUUAAUAUGCUUCUCCAAUAUGUUGCAUCUGCCAGAACUUAGAACAAGGGGGUAAUAAUUGUUAUCUUUUUUCAUCAUCAAAAUUUCUAUUAAAUUAAAAUUGCAGUGUCUCUUUUAAUUAUAUUAAGAAAAUAUCAAUUGAAAAGGACUAGGGAAAUAUAAUUUAAAGUAAAGUUAAUGCAAUAUAAUCAUGUAUAUAUUUCUUCACUUGGCAGCAGAAGAUUAGAAAAGCGUGGAGAUGGCGCCACGCAAUUCUUUUUUCUUUGCAAUUUGUUUAUUUAUUGUGGUCACUCAACAAUUAUCUGUCGUGAGUCAUCACACGUUUGGAUGAUA